AACACACACACAGACAUUUCAAUGUUAAAAUGCCGUCACCGUCAUCAUCGUCAAUAACAACAGCUCAACAACAAGAACAACAAACAUAUGGCCUAACAGCGAAUGAUAUUACAUCCGAAUAUCGGCCCUACAGCGGAUCGACCGGCGUUAUGUCGAUGGCCAGCGAACGCCAACCGCAGGCGCAUCGCGAGAUGCUGGAACGCGAAGAUACUUUGGAAUACUUCAUAAAAUUUCCGAAACCCACAGCGGACAAUGAUUUCGUACUGGUCAACGGCAACGAUGAGCAGAACAAUGUCCCGAUUGUGAUGCUGCUGGGCUGGGCGGGAUGUCAGGAUCGGUACCUAAUGAAGUAUUCGAAGAUCUACGAAGAUCGAGGUCUCAUUACGGUCCGCUAUACGGCGCCGGUAGACACGCUUUUCUGGAAGCGCAGCGAGAUGGUGCCGAUUGGCGAGAAGAUCCUAAAGCUCAUACAGGACAUGAAUUUCGAUGCACAUCCGUUGAUAUUUCACAUCUUUUCGAACGGCGGUGCUUAUCUCUAUCAGCACAUUAAUUUGGCCGUGCGCAAGCACAAAUCUCCAUUGCAGGUGCGCGGCGUCAUCUUUGAUUCGGCGCCAGGUGAGAGACGUAUGCUCGGUUUAUAUCGUGCCAUCACUGCGAUCUAUGGCAAGGAGAAGCGCUGCAAUUGCAUCACAGCGCUGGUCAUUACGUUGACCCUGAGCAUUAUGUGGUUUGUUGAGGAAACAUUUGUGGCUUUUAAGAGUUUGUUUGUCCAGUCAACGCCUGUCCAUGCGAGCCCGUUCAGUGAGCUCAAGAACGAGACGAACAAAUAUCCUCAAUUGUUCUUGUAUUCGAAAAGUGACGUUGUCAUACCAUAUCGAGAUGUUGAGAAAUUUAUACGAAUACGACGCGAUCAGGGCAUCAAUGUGUCAUCCGUCUGCUUUGAGGAUGCGGAACAUGUCAAAAUCUUUACUAAGUACCCAACACAAUAUGUGCAAAGUGUGUGUAAUUUUAUCAAGAACUGUAUGGCUAAUACUCGGACGUCCUAUCAAUUGACUGGCGAUGCCAUCAAUGCUCAAGCCAUGGCACAGCAACAACAUCAGCAGCAUCAACCCCAUCAGCAUCAGUCAAAUUUGAAAUACGAUUAGAGAAAAAACAAAUUUGAAUAUUUGAUUUCAAAAUUCUAGAACCGCGCGCAAUGGAUAACAACGCAUCAAACACGUAUGUGAUAGGCAGCACAACUAUUAUAAACAAAACUUACUACUAUUUGCAGACACAAUACUUAAUUGGCAACAACAUUGCAAAAAUUUUAAACGUAACGUAUUGAACAGAAAAAAAAGAAAGAAAAAAACAAAUUUCAUGCAGUUGACCGCUUGGCGCUCGCUGCCGCUUUAAUGUAGAAUCGAAUUUAACAGUUACUCGAAUC